AUGCGCUGCCUCGCCAUGUUGCUUGUGGCAGUUGGAUCCCAGGGUGCCUGGGCAGCGCUUCUCCGGCGCGCCCCGGUGCCUACCGUGACGCCCCUGAUGCCGCGCGGGAGCUUCGCCUCCUUCGCGUCGGCUUCGGGGGACAAGGGGAUGGCGGUGUCGUCUCGUCAGCUCCAGGACCUCUUGCGGCACUCCCCGCGGAGGCACGGCCUGCGCAAGUCCCUCUUCGGCCUCGGCACCGGGGGCGCCGGCGAAGUCCGCGGCAUCGUCCGUUUGGAGGACCUCUCCAGCGCAGAGUACGUGGGCACCUUGGGGGUCGGCACGUCUGCGAAUUGCACGCGGGGCGGCACCUGUGCCGCAGCGGAACUCCGGGUGAUCUUCGACACCGGUAGUGCAGACUUGUGGGUUGCCUCGGACCUCUGCACCUUGGGCCCCUGCGCCUUCCCGAAACGGCACCGCUUCAACCGCUCCAGUUCCCGGACUUUCCGCCAGCCCGCCAGGCCGGAGCAGUUUGAGACCGAGUACGGCAGUGGCCGGCUUCGGGGCAUCCUGGGCUCGGACGACGUGUUUGUGGGCCCCUUCCGCGUGAAGGCGCAGAGCCUGGGUCUCAUCUCUGAGGAGUCGGGGGACGCCUUCACCGCCUUCCCCAUCGACGGCAUCGUUGGCUUGGCAUUUCCUGCACUUUCGGUGAAGACACGGACUCUGUUGGACAACCUUGUGCAGGAGAAGGCAAUGUUCAAGCCCGAAUUCGCGUUCUACUUGCACAAGGACCCGUCCAGAGGCGGGGCGGUGAUUUGGGGAGGAGGUGCGGAUCGAAUGGGCCUGCAUGAGGGAGAGAUGACGUGGUUUCCCAUCGCGGAGGAGCGAUAUUGGUCGCUCUCUCUGCGUGGCUUUCGUCUCGGAGGUGAGCAGGAGGAGUUGCUACCCCUGCUUCUACCUCAGAAGCCCAAACGUGGAGACGGGCCGAUCUCCUUCGCUGAGGAAGUUCCGGAGAGAGCCGCCCUCGUGGUGGACAGCGGAACUACCUUCUUCACUGCACCACGCAGGCUGUUCAACAAGAUCAGCCAAACGGUGUGGCCCAUGAGUUGCGACAAGAUCCACACACUCCCAGAAUUCGUUUUCGCGGUGGGGACGAAUCUGUCCAACCACAGUGCCAUGCACGAGAUCAGGGUGCCCCCCAACGUGUACAUGAUCCAGAACACAUUCACUGGUGACUGCAUGCCGGGCAUCAUGAACAUGGAGCCUGGCCGCCACGACCUGCCCUUCAUGAUCUUGGGGGAGACCUUCCUGCGCCAUUACUUCUCGGUCUUUCAGAGGGGCCCGGUGCCUGGCGAGUCUUGGCUAGGUUUGGCCCCGGCCCUGCCAAGCGAAGAAGCCGAGCGGAAGCUGCUCCUGGCGCAGCAGCUGACAGGUUCUCUGUGA